AUGACUUCCCCUUCCUUCAUCUCCCUCAUCCUCUCCUCCCAACCUCCCCUCUCUCUCAUCGCCCUCCGUCCUCCUCCCCACCUCCACAACCGCCACCACCACCACCACCUCCUCCUUCCUCCCCCACCUCAACCUUCUUUCCCCGCCUUCGACCCCACCGCCCGCCGCUGGCACCGAUUCGACCUCUCCUUCCUCCCCUUCCGCUCCCUCCACCCAGUCGCUUCCGCCGCCCUGUACCUGCCCGGCGCUUCCGCCGCCGCUCCCUCCACCCCGUCGCUUCCGCCGCCGCCCUGUACCUGCUCCGAUUCAUGGGUAACUUUCGCUUCCAAUCUCCCUGCGAAACCUAGGAGCCCUGUUUUGAUCUCCGGCUCGGUUUUUGCCCUGUGCGAUGUUGGCUCCCCAUGGCGAUCUCAGUGGAAAUUGUUCACAUGUACUUUGAAUAAUCAUAACAACUGGGCUUGCUUGGAGAAGCAUGAAUGGGCGGAUAUAUUCGAUCUCAUCAAGCGGCCUCGUUUGGUGCGUGGGGAUGGGAACAAGGUGCUGUUGAUUGGUGGGUUGAAGUCGACCUUCUCGUUGAACCCGUCUUGCUCGACGAUGCUGAUACUUAGGCUGGAUUUGGAGAAGUUGGAGUGGGAGGAAGUUGGGAAUUAUUGUGGAAGUGGGAAUGAAGGGGAAGGAGAAGGGGCGGCGUGGAGAUGGAUCGAUGAAGUGCCUGGUGGUGGAAAGUUUGGUCGUCGGAGGGCGAAUUCACGUAGGGGGGUUAAAAUUAUUUUAAUUUUGUAA